AUGGAUUAUCAAAAUCGGGCUGGUUCGAAGAAGGGUUCCGGCGGUGUUGCAUCUGCUUCGCAAGAAAACCUGCACAGAAGAAAACAGGUCGAGGAACUGCUGAGAGAAGGAGAGGACGUACCAUACUCAUUUCAAGGUAUCAGUAAAGAGGACGAAGAGCUCAGCAAGAAGAACCCAUAUAUAUACAAGAAUUAUGCUGGCCGUCUAGUAUGCAAGCUUUGCAAUACGAUGCAUAUGUCAUGGUCCAGUGUGGAAAGACAUUUAGAGGGUAAAAAACAUGGCCUCAACUUGCUGCGAAGGGGUACAAGUUCUGCUCACAACCAGCGCAAGGAACUGUCGCAGGAAGAAAUCGAAUUUCAGCAAAAAGUUGAAGAACUGCGAGCUCAAAUCAAAGAUAACGGUCUUCUACCUGAAUACCAAGUGGCUAAAAUACAUGAUCCUGAGACCAAUGCAAAAGGUAUAGCAAUGAAGCUCAAAUAUCCCGAUCAAGGCCACGCACUCGAUGUUGACGAUCGUCCCUUCGUUAGACUCAUGUCCAGUCUAGAAAUGUCAGUGGAGCAGACUGACGACAAAAAGUUCUUAUUGGUAGCUUUCGAGCCUUUCAAAACGGUGGCAGUAGAAGUGCCAAACCGAGAUUUGCGUGCAAUCGAGUUCAAUACCUCUAAUGAACCUUUUGUGGACGACUUCAAUGCCAAAUAUACCUACUGGGACGCCAGCAAUUUAACGCUGUACAUCCAGGUCUUUUUUAGCGAUGAAGACUAG